GCGUUCAUGGUUACCAUGGCAACAAGACGUAGGAACAUUGUCAUAGGUACUUGUUUUCUACGGACAACAUUCAGCUGGAUCUAUUUCCGGUCCUUCCUUUUCAACAGUUCCCCACCAAAAUGGCUCCUACCAAGAAGGGAGAGAAGAAGAAGGGGCGUUCAGCCAUCAAUGAGGUGGUGACCAGAGAAUACACCGUCAACAUCCACAAGCGCAUCCAUGGAGUGAGCUUCAAGAGGAGAGCUCCUCGCGCUCUCAAAGAGAUCCGCAAGUUCGCCAUGAAGGAGAUGGGAACUCCUGAUGUACGCAUCGACACCCGCCUGAACAAGGCUGUGUGGACCAAAGGCGUCAAGAAUGUGCCAUACAGGAUGAGGGUACGAUUGUCCAGGAAGCGCAAUGAGGAUGAAGACUCCCCAAACAAACUGUACACACUCGUCACGUAUGUCCCUGUCACAACAUACAAAGGUCUACAGACGGUCAAUGUUGAUGAGAAUUAGAUCUGUCUUCAACGCUUGUAGAAUAAAUGUAUAGAAGUA